CGCCAAUCGCCCCGCCCACGUGCUUCCGGGUGGAGGGAACUUCCUCCCGUCAGCCCCCGCGCGCGGGGCACCUCUGGCAGCGGCAAGAUGGUGGACAAGCCAGUUCCCCUGAAGGACGCGCGGCUGCUGGACGUGAAGCUGGGGCAGCUGCCGGCCUGGAUGGCCGCGCGGGACUACAGCCCGAACGGGAUGGUGAAGGCCGUGCACAGAGGUUAUGUCAGCUUCCAUAACAAGUACAUUGGCGUGAAGAAGGGGGGCUUGACUGGUCUCGCCAUGGUGCUCACUGGCUACGUUCUCAUUAGCUACAUGGCAAGCUACAAGCACCUGAAGCAUGACCGUUGGAGAAAGUAUCACUGAAACACAAGCUUACUGAAGAAAGCCUGGUUGCAGCCCUGGACUUUGACUUAACUGCUAGAACAACUUCCUGAAUGAAGGCAUUUGCGCUGUUCGCACCGAAGUCUGCCUGGAAUUAUGGCAGUGCAGAAUAUGACCAAUAAAAAAAAAAAAGUGGAUAUAUUUAA